UUUUAGCAUAUUAAUGUAUUUAUAAAUCUCAAAUUAUUUAAAUUCUAUGUUGAAAAAUGAAAUGGUGUAUUAAACGUUGUUCACAUGCUACCUACUAUUUACACUCGUGUUUCAUAUUUACAAAAUCGUUAAUGUUUAGCAAGUUAAUACUCCUUACAAAUAUUUGUCGAAAUAUUAAGAGUGUGCUCAUCUCAAUGUCUCGGGUUAAAUCCUGUUAUAUGCUAACAAUUCUUCUGUUGGGCCAAUCCAUAUAGACUUUGCUUACAGAUUUUUAUCGAAAUAUAAAAUAUUACACAAUUAUUUUUCAAAACAAACACAUAAAAUUAUGUAAUUUGUAAAAUUUUAAAUAGAUUCCUUAAAAAUUGGCACAUGCCUGUGGCAUGCAUGGUACGGAGUCUACAGACUAGUAUUAAUAGUUUUAGCGAAAGGAUUAAUGAGGCCCUACAUUUUUAUUGACAAAAUUGGUGAUUUAUGCUGAUGAUAAAUGUGUUUACAAUACAUGCAUUAAGCACUUUCCUCGACUCUUUCAUUACAUAUACACUAUAUAUUCAGACUCUUUAGCUCUAAAUUAUUGAUAUAUUUGAACUUCUCUCUUCCUUGUUAACAUGAAGAUGAGCACUACCUCUCCACUUUUCUCCCUUUUAAUCAUUGCCAUUUUGUUCUUAUCUCUAACAGCUUUUGGGGCUAAUACUCUUCACCCGGACGAAAAGAAAGCUCUUGAAGAUAUAGCUAAAUCACUUGGUAAGAAGGAUUGGAACUUCGACAUAGAUCCAUGCAGCAACAAACCUAACUGGUUUACGCCUCCCAUAACUCCCAAAACCAAAGUUGUAGAAAAUAAUGUCACCUGUGACUGCUCUGUUCCUGGUGACAACUUCUGCCAUGUUAUUGCAAUAACUUUGAAAGGCCAAAAUCUCCCCGGCACUCUCCCGCCAGGACUGACCAGGUUGCGUUACCUUCAAAUUAUUAACCUCUCUCGCAACUACUUGAAUGGUACAAUUCCGAGACAAUGGGGCUCCAUGAUGAAUAUCAGUAAAAUUGCUCUUCCCGGAAACCGAUUAACGGGUUCAAUACCAGCUGAGAUUUCAAACAUAUCUACUCUCCAAAUUUUGGAAUUACAUAACAAUCAAUUGUCUGGAAAGCUUCCUCCUGAGCUUGGGCAUCUAACCCAAAUUCAAACGCUGCGACUUUCCUCUAACUUUUUUACUGGAGAGCUACCUAUGACAUUCGUCAAGCUCACUUCAUUACAAGAAUUCCGAAUUGAGGACAAUCAAUUCUCUGGAAAGAUACCUGAUUAUAUUCAGAACUGGACAAGUAUUAAUAAGCUAAUGAUUCAAGGAAGUGGAUUAAGUGGGCCUAUUCCUUCUGGAAUUUCACUUUUGAGAAAAUUAACAGACUUGAGAAUUAGUGAUUUGGAUGGAUCUGAAGUACCUUUGCCACAACUUAAUAGUAUGACAAAUUUAAAUACUCUGGUUCUAAGGAACUGCAACAUCAGUGGAGAACUGCCUGAUUAUCUUGGGACUAUGACAUUAUUAAAACACUUGGACCUCAGCUUUAACAAGUUAAGUGGAAAAAUUUCAAGUACCUAUACUACCAUGAAAAGUUCAAAUUUCAUAUUUUUAACUGGAAAUCUUCUCACUGGCCCCGUGCAUCGUUGGAGACAAUAUGUUGACACAGAUCUUUCAUACAAUAACUUCAGCAUCAGCCAAGUGAAUCAAAGAUGUCACAAUGACAAAUUGAACUUGUUUUCUACCUCAUGGGCACACAAUGACAUAGCAACAGUUUCGUGUUUGAGAUUUGAAUGUCCCAAACCCUCCCACUCCCUUUAUAUAAAUUGUGGUGGAAAGCAUGCAACAGUCAACAAAACAAGUUAUGACGAAGAUUCAGACUUACCUGGACCAGCUAGAUUCCAUGUCAGUUCAAAAAGAAAUUGGGCAUUUAGCACCACUGGUGAAUUCUUAGAAAGUAAUGAACUUCCGUUAAAUUAUUCCCCUCAAAAUAUAGCUAAACUUACUAUGGUGGAUGCUGAAUUGUACAUGAAUGCACGUGUUUCUCCUAUUUCUUUGACAUAUUAUGGGUUUUGCCUGGCAAAUGGAAGCUACACGGUAAAUCUACAUUUUGCUGAAAUAAUGUUCACAGAAGAUCAAACUUAUGCUAGUCUUGGAAGGCGUGUAUUUGAUAUCUACCUCCAGGGGAAGGCAGUGCAAAAGGACUUCAAUAUUGCCAAAGAAGCAGGAGGAGUUGGUAAGAAAAUCAUAAAACAGUUCAAUGAUGUUGUUGUUUCUAGUAAUACUUUGGAGAUCCGUUUAUAUUGGGCUGGAAAAGGAACACAGUCUCUGCCAAAUAAAUCAAUAUAUGGUCCUCUUAUAUCGGCUAUAUCAGUGGAAUCUGAUUCUCCACCUGGAAGAAUAUCUGUAAGAGCUUUGGUUGGAAUUGUGGUUGCAGCAACAAUUAUUAUCAUUCUUGUAUUCGGUAUACUUUGGUGGAAAGGAUGUUUUGUAAAGAAAAACUCAUUGGCAAGAGAACUGAAGAGUUUAGACCUACCAACGGGUUUAUUUACCUUAAGGCAAAUCAAAGCAGCAACAAACAACUUUGAUAAUUCCAAUAAGAUUGGAGCAGGAGGAUUUGGUCCUGUCUACAAGGGAUGUUUAUCCAACGGGACACUGAUUGCAGUCAAGCAACUUUCUUCUAAAUCAAGGCAGGGAAAUCGUGAGUUUUUAAAUGAGAUAGGCAUGAUUUCUGCAUUGCAACACCCUUAUCUUGUUAAACUCUAUGGUUGUUGUGUGGAGGGAGAUCAGUUGUUGCUGAUAUAUGAAUACUUGGAAAACAAUAGCCUUGCUCGUGCUUUAUUUGGUCCAGAGGAAGAACAAAUAAAAUUAGACUGGUCUAUACGGCAGAAGAUUUGUGUUGGUAUUGCUAGAGGUUUGACAUACCUACAUGAAGAGUCAAGACUGAAGGUUGUUCACAGGGACAUCAAGGCUACUAAUGUGUUGCUUGACAAGGAUCUCGACCCUAAGAUAUCUGAUUUUGGUUUGGCCAAACUUGAUGAGGAGGAUAAUACUCACAUUAGCACUAGAAUUGCUGGGACAUAUGGAUAUAUGGCUCCUGAAUAUGCAUUGCAUGGUUAUUUGACCGACAAAGCAGAUGUUUAUAGUUUUGGAGUUGUUGCCUUGGAAAUCGUUAGUGGAAGGAGCAACACCCUUUAUCGGACAAAGGAGGAAGCAUUCUAUCUUCUUGAUUGGGCACAUAUGUUGAAAGAGAGAGGCGACCUAAUGGAGCUAGUAGACAGAAGAUUAGGUUCAGAUUUCAACAAAAAGGAAGCUAUGGUGAUGAUCAAUGUGGCUCUCCUAUGCACGAAUGUCACUUCAAACCUUAGGCCCUCCAUGUCGUCGGUGGUAAGUAUGCUUGAAGGAAGGAUUGUGGUUCCAGAGUUUGUUUCAGAUUCAAGUGAAGUAAUGGAUGAAAAGAAGAUGGAAGCAAUGAGGCAGUAUUACUAUCAUACGGAAGAAAAUAAGAUAAGCAAGUCACCAUCACAAAUUCAGAGUUUAUUAAAUGAUGGGUCAUGGACUGCUACUUCUUCAUCAGGUGUAGACCUUUAUUCUGUCCACCCUGAUUCUUCCUAUUGGGAGAAAAGAAAUUAAGACUGUUUGUAUAUAAGCAAGUAAUUGCAAUUGCUACCUUGAUCUCCAACCACUGUGUCUUGUGAUGAAACUGUGAUCCAUAUCUUCAAAACUGAGUACUACUUCCGCCCAUAUUUAUAAGCUGUUUGAAAUUUUUUACAUAUAUUAAAAGUGGUAAUGUAAUUCAUUAACAUUUAUAUUGUGUGUAAACUUAUUUCUAAAUUUCUAUUUGUCUAUAAAGAUGUUUAAUAUUGAUGUUUGGGUUUCAAUAGUGUGUACUUCAUAGUGGGGUUCUAGAGUUUUAGGUCCCUAGAACCUUCUAUUGGAAGACAUGUGUCUCGUAGGUCAAAUGUUGAGAGGUCAUUGGUCCUUCUUGCUCCGAGGAAUGUUUUGGGCCUUUCUCUCUUUGGAGCUUUGAAAUGGGGUCGUCGGCCUAGAUGGGAAUAAUAGCCCUCUUGAGCCAGGUCAACAUUGUCGAAGCAUGGCUUACAGUCAAGGUUGUUUCUCAAUAUGCGUGUCAAACUUCACCUCGUGGACUAUUGGCGAGUAUAUAAUUUUUCUAACCGGCCUUAGCCUUUCUCAGCUUUUUCAUAUUCUUUUCAUUCUGACAUGUUAGAAUGUGAUGAAACUUUAUGGGUUAUGUCGCCUUGCCUUCUUGCCACACAAUACAUAUGGUUUAUAGCGUGAUGGCAUGUGAAUAGGUGUGGUAUGAUUGUUUCCUAGAAAUAUUUUAGUAAUCCUUGUUGACAUGAUACCAAUUUAGUAGUAGAUGCACAGGCUCAUGGAUCUAUGAUUCUGGCUUGUUAGAUUUUUUUCCUUUCUUCUUAUCUUCCUCGUCUAAAGUGUAUAAUCAAAAAGAAAGGAAAAACACGUAAUAGAAUAGUGGAUAACAUAAUAAGAGAACAAAAUGAAACAAGUUCCCUCGUUCUGGGGAUGAUUGUUACCCAUAUCCCUCUUCCCUCUAUAAAUGGUUGACUAGGGGGAAGGUUUUGAUUUGGGGUGAUCCGUGAUGUAACAGAUUUCUUGCUUGAGAUUCAGUACAACUCCUUUCAAUCUAAUCUCUUUUAUACAAUCCCCUAAGACCAUUGAGGUCUUUACUAAAUUCCUUUAAAACUUUAAAUUCGGAUAUAUCAUAGUCUAGCCUCAUACUAAUAAUGCUCAUCGGAUCAUAUGUAAAAUUGGGGUAACAUUGAUGAGGUCGUCUGUGAAUCAUUGUUUCCCCGCUAUUAGAGACAUGCACAUUUUCACAAAAUGGAACUGGGCAUAUUAUUUGGUGAAUUGGGCCUUUAUGA